AUGGCAAAGCCAAAUCUACUGCUCUGCUUCGACGCCUUUGGCACAUUAUUCAGCCCCAAAGGCGCAGUCGCCCAGCAAUACGCCGAAGUUGCACGACAAUGCGGCAUCACCGAAUUUAGCGACAGUGAGCUUCAAUCUCGGUUACUCUCCGCCAUUAAAGAGGAAAGGGAGCAGAACCCCAAUUACGGCAAAGCAACCGGCCUGGGCGCUACAAAGUGCGACCAGGCGCUCCCCCCUGCUCUGGUUCCGAAGCUGAUGCACCGCUUCUCUUCAAGUGAAGGCUACGAUGCUCAGCGCGAUCUUGUCCCUGCGUUAAGGGCAUUGCGGCAUGGAAAAUCGCUCCAGGGCUUUGACAAGGUCGUCAUUGGCGUGGUGACCAACUCCGACGACCGAGUUCCAAGCAUUCUUUCUUCCUUUGGACUCGAUGUUAGUCCGGCGCGGUACGGCUUAGAAGACCAAAUGGAUGCGAACCCAGAGGACCGAUAUGACAUUGACUUCCAUUGUAUGUCUUAUGAUGUUGGUGUUGAGAAGCCGGACACGCGCAUCUUUAACGCUGCCGAGCUCAUGCUGUCCCGUAUCAUCGCUGCUCGACACGGCAAGACUCCUGCUGAAGCCGACUUGCAGAGUUGGCAGAAAGUGUACGUCGGCGAUGAAUACGCCAAGGAUGUCGUCGGUUCAAUCAAUGCAGGAUGGAAUCCUGUGCUACUCGACGUGGCCGGGACUUCUACUCAAGUAACCAGCUUAGAGGACUGUCCAUCGCAGGCCCUCCAAGAUCUUUUCAAGCAGCAUGCCGUUGUUAGGGUGCGGUCAAUACGGGGACUAGCCUCCUGGUUGACGGGGAUGGAGUGGGAAACAAAAUAA